UCGGCAGAAAUCAGGAUGGCUCCGACCGUGAGCCUGGAGCCCGCGGGCGGCUGCGCCUGGGACGAGCCGGUGCGCAUCUCCGUGCGCGGCCUGGCCCCGGGACAGCCCGUCACGCUGCGCGCGUCCCUGCGCGACGAGAGGGGCGCGCUCUUCCGGGCCCACGCGCGCUACCGGGCGGACGACCGCGGCCUCCUGGACCUGGCGCGCGCGCCCGCGCUGGGCGGCAGCUUCGUGGGGCUCGAGCCCAUGGGGCUGCUCUGGGCCCUGGAGCCCGAGACGCCCUUGGUGCGGCUGGUGAAGCGGGACGUGCAGACGCCCUUCGCCGUGGAGCUGGAGGUGCUGGACGGCCACGAGCCCGACGCCGGGCGGCUCCUGGGCCGGGCGCUGCACGAGCGCCACUUCCUGCGGCCCGGGGUGCGGCGGGUGCCGGUGCGCGCGGGCCGGGUGCGCGGCACGCUCUUCCUGCCCCCAGGUGCAGGACCCUUCCCUGGGAUCAUUGAUCUGUAUGGAAGUGGUGGUGGCCUUUGUGAAUACAGGGCCAGCCUCCUGGCUGGACAUGGGUUUGCUGCGCUUGCUUUGGCUUAUUUUAGAUUUGAAGACCUCCCUGAGUAUUUGGAUGAUCUACAACUCGAGUACUUUGAAGAAGCUGUGAACUUCAUGCUGCAGCAUCCAAAGGUGAAAGGCCCUAAUGUUGGGCUUCUUGGCUUCUCCAAAGGAGGUGACCUGUGUCUCUCAAUGGCCUCUUUCUUGAAGGGGAUCACAGCCACUGUACUUAUCAAUUCCUGUGUGGCUAACACAGUAGCUCCUCUGCCUUACAAAGAUAUGAUUAUCCCCAGUCUUGGCAGUGACCCAAAGAGAUAUACAAUUAAUGAAUCUGGACUUUUGAAUUUUAUGGGUAUUUGGGAAAAUCCACUGGAGGGAUCCAACCAGAAAAGUAUUAUUCCAUUUGAAAGGGCCCAGGGGCCCUUCCUGUUUAUUGUUGGCAUGGAUGAUAAUAACUGGAAGAGUAGCUUCUAUGCUCAGAUAGCCUCUGAACGGUUACAAGCCAAUGGGAAAGACAGACCCGAGAUAAUCUGCUACAAAGGAACUGGUCAUUGUAUUGAACCACCUUAUUUUCCUGUAUGUAGAGCUUCUGUACAUGCAGUGUUAGGCCAACCCAUAUGCCAUGGAGGUGAGCCAGAGUUUCAGUCAAGGGCACAGGUCGAUGCUUGGCAGCGAAUUCAAACUUUCUUCCAUAAACAUCUCAAUGGUCAAAAACCUGUCCAGUCCAGCAAACUAUAAAAUUGUAAUCAUAGACCAGAUAGUAUUAAUAAAAACCGAAUUCAUACAUA